CUAACGUACUGGGUAUCAGUGUUACGAGUCGGUAUCGGGAACGUCGGCGGUGAUAUGCCGAUUCUACCCUUCGAAGAUGGGCUUCUGUUUCCUUGUAAGGGUAUAUCUCUCGUCACCUUUGUGACCUCCAAGUCUAAAGUUUUCCUGGGUUCUCAAUUCUUUGUUUCUUCAAAACGAAGUUAUCCCUUUCUCUCUACAGCGAGCUUAAAUCUCUGCUCAAGUCAAGCCCCAUAAGAGGAUGGGAGGAAGUACCGAUUAUGAUGAUUGGGAGUUCACAUCUUCGAGUUCUGAUGAUAUUCGAACUUUAGUCUUACUUGGACGAACUGGAAAUGGUAAAAGUGCGACUGGUAAUAGCAUUAUCAGGGAGAGAAAAUUCAAGUCAAUGUCUAGCUCGUCUGGUGUCACAAGCACUUGCCAGCUCGAGCAGACCAUUUUGAGGGAUGGACAGAUUAUUAAUGUUAUUGACACUCCUGGGUUGUUUGACUAUUCCGGUGACAAUGAAUCAAUUGGAAAGGAAAUUGUUAAAUGCAUUAAUAUGGCCAAGGAUGGUAUUCAUGCUGUUCUUGUAGUUUUCUCAGUUAGAACCCGGUUUUCAAGAGAAGAAGAAUCAGCUGUUGAGAGCUUGUGUAGAUUUUUCGGAAGCGAAUUGACUGACUACAUGAUUGUAGUUUUCACCGGCGGGGAUGAUCUUGAAGAAUCUGAUGAAACUUUGGAUGAUUAUUUAGGCCGUAACUGCCCUGAGCCUUUGAAGAAUGUUCUUGAGAUGUGUGGGAACAGGAAAGUGCUUUUUGAUAAUAAGACGAAAGAUAAAACUAAGAAGGAUUCGCAGUUGAGAGAACUUCUUUCCCUUGUGAACUCUGUGGUAGAUCGGAACUGUGGGAAACCAUACACUGAUGAGAUAUUUUCUGCACUGAAGAAAGGUGCUCUUCAAAUCCGGAAUCAAACUGCAGAAUUUAAUUCAUCGCGAUACUCCAAACAAGAGAUAUCUGAGUUGAACGAUCAAAUGAAAAAAGCAUAUGCUGAGCAACUUAGGCAGAUCACUGAAAUGGUGGAGAUGAAGCUAAAGGAGACGACUCUCAGGCUGGAAGAGCAAUUGGCUAAAGAGCAAGCUGCUCGCUUGGAGGCUGAGAAGAGUGCAAGAGAAGCCCAAGAGCUAUCUAGAUAUGAGAUCAGUAAACUGAGGGAGAGUUUGGAAAAAGCACAGGAGGAGACUGAGAAGCUCCGGAAGGAAGCCAGAGAAAGAGGUUGCUAUAUUCUGUGAAUAUCUUGUGGGUGUUAAUAUCUAUCUAUCUAUCUAUCUCUAUUAUUAGUAGAAAAGUAUCCAUUACUUUUUGGCUUAUGCUGUCUCUUACCUCGUUUUUCCAAACACUUCGGAUAAAAUAAUUGGGUCAUAAAUUUGAUGGCUGCCAUAAAUUCAGUGCAGUUUGACUUUCUCAAAUCAUGUUUAUUUGGUUGCGAUAGUGUCACAACAACCUCUCGAUUGGUCAAAG